GCCUAUUCUACUUCUGAAUAAAGUAAAAAUCUUCAAAAUAACCAUGCUUCCAGGGCAAAAUAUAAGGUCUUCUUUUGGGAGAGUACGUAGGUUUCACCGUGACACAACUCAGAAACACAAUGUCACCGCGUGACUUCACAUGAACGGGAGCGUUGUGGCCCAGUGGAUUAGUCUUCUGACUUUGAAACAGAGGGUCGUGGGUUUGAAUACCAGCCAUGGCGUAAUUUCCUUCAGCAAGAAAUUUAUCCACACUGUGCUGCACUCAACCCAGGUAACCCGUAUCAAUGUACCUUAUUGGCAGGAGAAGGAAACAGGAGUGAUGAGCAAAGUACCCAAUCUCAUUUUUCAGCUACAGAAUGAUAAACAUGUAUAUGCACUACAAGAAUUAGAAUAUCCAGGCUUAACAAAGCUUCCAUAUCAUGGUGGUGCUGAUGUAGUUGACCCAGAUUACAGAGAUACUGUACACAAUGAAGCAGUUGGACGGAAAAGUGAUAUUGAACUUCUGAAAAGGUUUAUUGCAAAACACUUCCCCCUAUUGUUGAGUGAGCCAACUGUUAUCGAAACCUGCAUGUACACGGAGACUCCAGAUAGUGAGCUGAUAAUGGACAGACAUCCACUAUAUCAUAACAUUAUGGUAUGUUGUGGAUGCUCAGGCCAUGGAUUUAAGCUGGCACCUUCCAUUGGUAAGAUCUUAUGUAGAAUGGCUAUGGGUAAGGAAUCUCAUAUCAACAUCACAGCAUUAAGCUUCAAGAGAUUCAAAAACUCAUGUCUGACCAACAAAGCAAAGUUAUAACUUCAUCUUCUAAACAAGAACACAAGUAUCUUGUCUCUGUAAUGAAUUAUAUUAUGACAUGUUCAAUGUGAAACAUGUCAUAUCAAACAGUUAUUGAUUUGUCUGCUCGUACAGAACUGAAGCUGUUAAUAUCUCUGAUAAAGAAAACUUGAAAUAUCAUGUAAUAUUGAAGUUAUAUGUUUGUUCAACCAAAGAUACUACAAGGGAAGAUCGGACAGUACAUAGACCGUGUAAUGAAAUGAUCGGGAAGAGUGCCCCACAGCGUUACAUAACAACCUUUUUUUACCUUUGCAGAUCGUGAGAUGGUUGUGUACAAAACAUAUGAGAGAAAUGGUGAAGAGUUGAAGGAAUAGACGAUUUUUACAUUAAAAAAAAAAAUCAAUUUUUUCCCCCUUAAAUUUGAGAUGAAUGUAUUUUAGAAGUUUCUUGGUAAUAAAACAUGGAAAAAUACCAAUGCACCACCCUUGAGCCCUCUCCAAAGUCCCCUCUCAUUUUCUCCAUAUGUUUUAUACAAAGUCGCGUGCCGAUAUGCGAAGGUUUACUUACUCAACGCUGUUGGGCGCCCUUCCCAGGAGCAUCUUCCCCUUGUAGUAUCUUUGGUUCAACUUAACUUUGUCAUUCUAAUGUACUUUUCUAAUCUGAAAUGAUGUGUAGAGUAUAUGCAUUGAUUAGUUAAUGAGAUAUUUUGAGGCUUAGUUGUAGUAUAAACUAAUAGAUAUACAGAUGUUUUCAUACAUUUUUACUCAUUUACAAACCUAUUUUCAUGGUUUCACUGUUGGUUUCAUAUGCUGUAAUGGCAACAGACAGAAGUGAUCCCUUUGGGGAUGUUGAACAUGCAAGUUAGAAGUAUAAAAAUACAUAUCAAGUGUAUUUUCAAUGUGUACAGUACUGUAAAUUGAUAAAUAAAUCUUCAUGAAUUUGCUGUUAUUGCCUUCGUGCAAUUUUUCAAAAGAAAUGGUGGCAACUAAACAAGUUACACCAUAUCAUUUAUUGAAAACAUGUAAUUCUUUGCUACCUGUAUGUGAAUAAUUAGAAUUGAUGAAUUAUGCAUCGUUUUAAGUUUGUUAUGGUAUCAAACAUUAUAGACCAUGUGCAAUUGGAAAGAAUGGAAUAAGAUUGAAGAGGAUGUAGCAUAUAUGAGGGGGGGGGUCUUUUGUACUAUGAAAAUUAUUUUCUGGAUAUUAUGUUAAAAUCUCUCACAAAAUUAGAGUUUCAUUUUAUAAGGUCAAUUUUUUGCUCACUUGCUCAUGACUAUUAAGGAAUGUUCCCCAGUAUGCCAUGAUCUGCCCCUCAAAAAAAUUAUUUUAAGUAGCUACUGUGGCAACUGGCAAUGUUAUAUAAUUCAUUUCUCCACUGGUGAUGGUAAAUGACAUCCAUUCUGAUUUUAAUUAUGAUGAUGAUGAUGGUGAUGAUGAUGAAUGAUGAAUGAUGACUUAUGAAAAUGAUGUUGUUAAUGAUAUUGGCAAUGGUGGUUGCAUUGAUAAAAAUCAUGAUGACAAGUUUUUUUUAUGUACCAAUUGUAUAAACACUGCCUUUGGAAAGUUUUAGACAAAUACAGCAAUGCAAUUAAUUCUCAUAAAUUUGUGCUGUUUUGUGCAGUUAUGCAGUAUGCUGUUAUUUAUGAUAUACAUGUAUAGUAGGAUCUGCACAAGUCAAAUAUCUUGGAACCACAGGAAUCUGACUUACACUUCCUAAAUAUGAACAAUUCAUGUUUUCCAUUUUGUGUGUUUGUUUGAAAAUUGAUUUGACUUUAAUAGACAAUUAUUUGAAUUUUGGUUGGAAUGUUGAGUUGUGCAGACACUUGUGUAAAUAUCUUUAGAACACAUGGGGGGCAACCCCUCUGUUAUAAUCAUAAUUUAAGAAAAAUUAUGUUUAUUCAACUUAUAAUGGAACAUCAGACGGUACAUAUUUAGGUAAAUCAUGAUACUUCAAAGACUUCCUUUCAUUGGAAUAUCUAAAAUUGAUGAUAGAAAAUCAGUUUUGGACUUUCAUUCUCAAGUUUCAAAUACUUUUAAUAGGUUUGGGGUAAUCAAAGCUUGCUAGAAAAUUGUAGGUGGUUGGAUGCAAAAAUUUGAAGAAUUUCUUUAAAAGUCUUUAAAAUGUUUGUUCUAAUAUUUGGAGAAAAAAAAUAUUCAGCAUAUGUGUGUUAGAAAUGCUUUUGAAAUAUCUUUUCUAACUCACUUCAAUUUUAGUUGUCGAAAUUGAAAGAUCAUGUACAUGUAUGUUACAGUUUAUAUAUAACAUUUCUUUUGCCCUCAUAGACUUAUUUUUCAUAUAAUCACUCAGUUUUCAAACAUUUAUUUUACUUUCUAUUUGUAGCAUUGCCAAUAUGAGGAUGUUUGUUAUAUUGACCACCUGUUUAAAUUGAUAUACCGUUAUGUUUGUUUUGAUUAUUAGACAUGAAACCUUAUUACUCGAGGCUCAGUUUUAUUUGCCCUUAAUGAGUUUUCAUAGGAGGAAAGAGUAACCAAUGAAACUUAUUAUUUUUUAAUAAUUCUAAAAAGUUUGUAUGAAUAUCAAUUGUUUUAUGCAAUACAUGUGUAAUUGUAAUAUUCAACUGUAUAUUAUCAAAGCAACAUUUCCCAAGGGAUUUUACAUUUUGUAAUUGUAGAUGCCAUUCUGUUUUCUGCUCUUUACAUGUUAUUCUUUAGUAUCUUUUUUAAAGUAUUAUUUCAUUAUGCAAAUUUUUGUUAUAGAAUUAAAAUAAAGUAAUUUUUAACAAUCAUAUUUUCUAACUCUACCUGCUAAAGCAUUUGAUCUUCAUGUACAAAAACAACUCAUGAAAAUAUAUGAUAUUGAAAUUAAUAAAUGUUUGUUAUCCUGCUUAAAGGAUCUAGUUUCCAUCUACUAGUAGUUGAUUUACAACGAUGUAGAUAUAGACAAGUUAUAAUGAAACAUUCAAUUUUUCUUGGAUAUAGAUUAAGCCCUGUGUAGCUAUAUGAUUAUUGAUAAAGCCAGUGUCCUCUAAAGGUAUUGUUGCAGAGAUGGUCCUAGUCCACCUCCUGGACUGUUGUUAUUUGGUACGAUACGACAACCAAACGCAUAACACACUACAUCCCCAGAACACGCAUACACACACCCCCUUCGGGGAAAGUGAAUCAGUGGGUUAGGCGAAUCACUGGGUUAAGUGAAUCAGUGGAGGGCGUGUGUGUUGGUUAUGUGUGCGCGCGAGGUAUCGGUACUGUCGAUCCGGUAGGGUUUGGUUUGCCCAAUCAAUAAAAAUCGUCCAGGACGUGGACUAAGAUGGUCCAAGUGGAGAUUUAUUUUUCUUCAAAUUUUUAAGGCAUUCAACAAGAAUUUUGAAUUUUAA